CUCCCAACUCUCCUGCCGAUCAGAUUCAGAAUUUCUCGACGCGCAUUUGCCGCGCGACGCUAAACUCGCGAUGAAACUUUAAAAAUUUUUAUAUUUUCGCAAUGACACUUUGAAGUUUUUUCAUUUUAAUUAUGUCGAAAAAUUUGACGACAACCUCAAAACCCGCGGAGGUGGUACCGCAAUACAUAUGGGAAAUAGUACAGAAACUGCUGGCAGGUGUUAGUAUUAGCGACGAAAAAGUGGAUCUAAGAAAACCGCAGCCGAAUAAAUCUUUAGAGAGCGUCGCUUCUUAUAUUAUAUUCGCAUAUGGUGUAUUAAUUGUUUACGGUGUUUUGUCGAACAUUUUGGUGUUUAUUCAUAUAUUGCAAUACCGAUUAAAUAAGGAUCCAACUUACGCGUUUAUCUUAAACAAUGCCAUAAGUGAUAUUUUAAAAUGUGUGGUUGUUUUACCCUUAAGUUUGUACGUGUUGCUUAUACAAAACUGGAUGCUUGGAGAGCUGUUGUGCACCUUUUUGCCAAUGAUACAGGAUAUACCCUUCCACGUUACAAUGCUCACCUACGUCUUCUUAGCCUGGGACAGAUGUAGAUAUCUAAGAAACCCUACUGAGCCCCGCUUACCUGCUUUUGUGUGUGCUUUUGGAACAUGGUUGACAUCCCUUUGUUUGGUACUUCCAUAUCCGAUUUAUAUAACACAUUUUGAUUUAGGGGAAAUCCUGAAAGCUCCUGAGCUCCAAGGAGUAAGUCUUUGCGUUCAUAAUUUAGCCGACGACAUGAAGGAAUAUAUGAGAGGAAUAUUUCUUGUUACAUACGCAGGACCUUUAGCGGCUAUAUCCUACUUUUUCGUAACGGGAUCGCGAGAAAUACCUUAUCACAGUGCCCCAGCUGUGAUAUUUUACGAAAGUCAAACCAGGACAGGUAGAGCGAGAACUGACUCGCAUUCAACUACCGUAGGCGAGAUAAGGAGCUGCCGAGGUGAAUACGAUUCAAGAUGCAGUGACUAUAGUCAAGAUAUUUAUAGAGAGAACGGAAGAGCCAGAUACGAAAUAAGAGAAGCAGAGUUGGAUGUGGUUAAAGAAGAACGCACACACAAAUAUUUGUGCUCAAUUAUUUCUAUAUACGCUAUAUGCCUCUUGCCCAUAAUGGUUUUAAAAGUAGCAAAGCUGGCAUUAAUAGAAACAUAUGACAAUAGCCGAAGUUUUGACUACGUUUAUAUUGCUUUCGUAUGGUUGGCAUUUUUUCCCACUUGUACUACCCCGGCAAUCUUUGCUUUUUGGCAAAUGAGCAGCAAUCGACGAUUGAUGCAAUCAAGCGAAACAGUGGUCACCACCGCAGACACUCCAUCAUCGAAGCAAAAAUAUCAUCGGGGAUCGCACGUGCAAUUAGAUGAAAGGUAUUCAGAUACUACCAGUAGCAUUCAACCGGAUAAUUUUUCUUCCUGAGUCUGAACAUGAUUGGCAGUUUAGAGAACCAGAGACCAAUUUAUUCUUCGAAGAAAAGUUAAUUUAGCUACUUUUAUUGCCAAAUUAUUAGAAAAGAAACAAAGUUUAAAAAAUAAAAAUGUUUUGAUAAUACUAUAUUAUAUAAUGAUUCUAUAGAUGUUAAUUAAAAAUUAUUGUAUUAAAUGUUUGUAACAUGAAUUAAUUUAUUAAAACAAUAAAGAAAACAUUUUAAAAAUA